AUGGCGUCCCCGGACCCAGGAGCACCGCUUAAUGAAGAUGCUCCUGCUGCUGCUGCGUUGUCCUCCUGCCCUGAGCUGAGAUUGGUACUCCUGGGGAAGACAGGCACUGGGAAGAGCAGCUCUGGAAACAUCAUCCUAGGAAGGGAAGCAUUCCAAGCCGACAUCUCCCCUGAGUCCAUCACUAGCCAAUGCGAGAGGGAGAGUGAGGUGGUAUCGGGGAGACACCUGGUGGUUAUCGACACUCCAGGGUUUUUCGACACACGUUUCUCCCCCAAAGAAGUGGCGACCGAGGUGGGACGAUGCGUCGUGCUCUCGUCUCCUGGACCCCACGCGUUCCUGGUGGUGCUCCAGCCCGGACGCUUCACCCAGGAGGAGCAGCACACUCUGAAGUGGAUCUCCGCCACCUUCGGCGCUGAGGCGCUCAGGUACACCAUGGUGCUGUUCACCUGGGGAGAUCAGCUGAAGGGCAGACCGAUAGAGGAAUUCCUGAAGAAAGGCAAAGAGCUCUCUGACUUUGUGGGUACCUGCAAAGGUGGCUACCACGUUUUCGACAACUCCAAAUCCCCAGAGGAUGCCCGCAGCCAGGUGUCAGAGUUGCUCUGCAAGAUUGACAAGAUGGUGGAGGAGAACGGUGGCGGGUGUUACACCAGCGACAUGUACCAGGAGGCAGAGCGUGCCAUCCAGGAGGCACAGCAGAUGAUACUACUGGGGACCCAGCUAGAGCGUGAACAGGAUUCUCAAUCACAGGAGACAGAGGCCACUCAUGGAGGAGGAGGAGGAGGAGGAGGAGGAGGUAGAGACGACGGAGAGAGAGACCGCAGAAGAGAAGAGGAGAGGAAGAGAAGGGAGGCAGAGGAGGCCAGGAAGAAAGCCGAGAGGGUCUUCUGGUCCGAGCUGCUGACGGCCAUGGGCAAAGGUGCGGCGGAGGGCGCCGGGCUGAUCAAGGAGGGGGAGGAGAUGGCGGGCGAGAAGAAGAUCAAGAAGGGCAAGGUGGUGAAGAGGGCCACGGCGCUGGCCUCUAAACCCCUCUCCAUCACCUCCGCUGCCAAGGUGGUGGGGGGCGCUGUGAGGGAGGGAAGCAAGGUGCUGUACAAGCACCGUAAAACAUUUCUGCAGUAAGACCAGGGGUUUGGUAGUAGAGUAUAGUGGAGUAGAGUAGAGUAUCAUUUAUUGAUCCCGAGGGAAAUUAUGGUGUGAAGUAGCAUACAUACAUAAAUACAGAAGAAGACACACAGACAUUACACACAACAAGAAGAACAUGGUUAAGUGAUAAACCAGGCCUACAG